GUGGCUGAGCAUCGUGCAGAGAAGAGCCCUGCAGCCACUCCAGCUCCAGCUCUGCUCGUGGUUCCCUUGGCCACUGCUACACCAUGAAGGUCCCUGCAGCCACCCUGGCCACUCUGCUUCUCAUGGCCAUCUGCUCCCCAGCUGAGGCCAAUCUCAGUGACUCCAGUGUUGCUGUGUCCUCCCAGACGCCAGGCACUGUCUCCACCAUCUGCUGCUUCAGCUACCUGAGCCGCCCCAUGCCACGCAGACUCAUCGCCUCCACCUACCGCACCAGCAGCAAGUGCUCCCUGCCGGCAGUGGUCCUGGUCACCAAGAAGGGGACAAAGCUGUGUGCGGACCCCCAGGAGCCCUGGGUGCAGAAGCAUCUGAAGCACUUCCAGAUGCUGAAGUACUGACUCUUCCCCACUGCUGCCCCAGUGCAGCGGGCUCAGCCUCCGGUAUCAGACACACAACAGAGUGCUUGAGCUGCAUCCUUCUUCAACAGAAAAAUUUAUGCUAAUUGACAUACAUUUGUUAAACUAAAUUUUGUUUGCUAAGUGAAAAUAAAAAAAUUAUUUAAAAGAUA